CCGACCCCCGCUCAGUCGUCCGGAGCGCCACGUCGCGGAUGCACGCCAUUUUCGAGCAGUGACACGUGAUUUGUUUUUGUAUCAUUACAAUGAGGACCUAUAAAAGAAGGACUGAACGAGCUGAUACACCAAAAGAUGUCCUAGAAAGAGCUUGUCAUCUAAUAAUUUUUGACACGAAAAGUAUUGAUGCAACUUCGAAAAAAUAUAACAUUCCCUAUAAGACAUUACAUCGUUAUGUGGCGAAACGAAAGGAGAAAUUGGAACGUAAUCCGAACUUGACGAGAGCAGAAUUAACUUUGGACUCAGUGGGAUAUAUUAAAAAUAGGCAAGUUUUCACUGAUGAAGAAGAAGAAGAAGCUUUCGCAAGUUAUUUAAAGAAAGUCGCUGAUAUUUAUUAUGGAUUGACACCAUAUGAGACCCGAAAAUUAGCAUGUCAGUUCGCCAUAAAAACUAACAAAGCUAUGCCUGAUUCUUGGAGAACAAAAUUGUUAGCUGGCGAAGAUUGAUUAGGCUUGUUUCUC